CCCCCACGUUCGCGCAUUCAUGUCCUCAUAUACUACCUAAAGGAAGAGGAGGAGGGUCAUUAGAUCAAACAGCUUCUUCUUCUUCUUCUUCUUCUUGGUGGCCGGCCAUGGGCAGAAGCCGCAUAAGGCUCUCGUGCUGCUGCAGGAGCAGGGCCGCAGCUCCUAUCCGACUCGGAUCUCCACAGCAGAAGCCGAAACCGAAGCCGAAGCCGAAGCUCAAGUUCGUCGCCGAUCGCGGGGCUUCGGUCGCGGAAGCAGCAGGCGGCGACGAAGCGAAGAAAGUGGCCGUGACGGGAAGGAAGAUCGUGGUCGCCGUGGACUCGGGACCGGAAGCGAAGGCUGCUCUCCAAUGGGCUUUGUCUCAUUCCCUCCACGACAACGAUUCCUUGGUUCUCGUGAGCGUUGUGAAGCCACGCCGGCGUCGUAAGUUGCCGUCGCUUGGCUUCGCUACUUCGAUCGAUGUCUUGUUCACCAGUUCUGUCUGCCGUGCACUAGCUGCAGGCGAUCGGUCCCAAACGGAGUGGAGCUCACGAAGCCAUCAAGCAUUUCUUGCCAUGCAAGGCAUGUGCCAAGCAAGAAGACCAGAGAUCAAAGUGGAACUAUCAGUGGUGGAAGGGCGAGAUCGAGGGCCGGCGAUCGUCGAGGAGGCCAGGAAGCAGGGGGCUUCACUCCUAGUGCUCGGGCAGAAGAAUCGAUCCAUAGCGUGGCGUGUGGUGAGACUGUGGAGUGGCAACAGCAUGAGAGGAGGAGUGGUCGACUACUGCAUCCAGAACGCCUCCUGCAUGACUCUGGCAGUGAGGCGGAAGAGCAGGAGAGGCGGUGGCUACUCGAUCACCACCAAACACCACAAGAACUUUUGGCUCUUAGCAUGACCAAAUCUAUGGGACCAAUGCUAUUGUACAUAAUAUAUUUUCUAAUUUUAACUCACCUAUCUAUUCUUCUUCUUCUUCUUCUUCUUCUUCUUCUUAUGAUUAUCUCCAACUCAAGUAAAAUGGAUGUCCUCAUUUAGUUUGAUCGAGUAGUAAAUGCAUAAUUUUUUAGAAAUCAUCAUCUUAUAUCAUCUUAAAACAAUAAGAUAUAGGAUAUUGAGACGUUCGCUCUAA